AUGGACUAUGAUGCAUUCGACGCGUUGCUUCAUCACAUCUUCAAACAGACACAGGCCGACGCUUGGUUCAAGCCCUCGCAGGAGAACAUACAUGCGGGUGUCUGCCUUAGGGUCGCCGCAGGACACUUCCGCGUCUUCCCUUACGAGAACCGCCACCUGGAGCCAUUCGAGGCGGCGGUGAGAGCUCUCAACCCGGUCGUGGCAGUCAAGAUUCGCAGUGCAGCCAUCCAUGCCGCACUCGCGACGGUCAAAGAAGAUGCCGAUGUCAUCUUCGUUGAUGUGGACACCCGCAUCCAAAUUCUGGACACGAUGAUGUUCCUUCCUCGUGCAGACAAGGAACAGUGUGCUGCCUUCAUCCGCGACGAGAGCGUUCUCGUUGUAUGGUCGUAUUCGCUAGACAAUAUCAUCCCUACGUGCAAGGACUUCGAGGAGAAGCUGAUUCAACUCGUAUGGAAGCACCGAUCCGCGUUUGCGUCGUUUGGCGGCUCCACGGAGCCAUCGACUGCGGCUUCUGACGUCUAUCUCGCCGAGAAGGGCACUUUGGCUGUCAUUGACGAGCAGGAGGUCUCUGCGAUUGCGAAGGCGAAGGACACACCGAAGAAAAAAAAGAAACGGAACUGCGGUCUGGGCUACUGGGUUUCGAAUAAGGACGACGUGGAGAAGUUUAUGCGGGGCCCGUCGCAUCGACCCCAUCGCCUCUUCUCGCCUGUCUAUAACGGUCUCGGUGCCGCGCUUGCGACGUACUUUAUCGCCAGCGGUAUUAGCACUCUCAUCGAGGAGACCGUCUUAGAUGGUGUCUACACUCGCUUCGCACUUAUCGCGACGACACCUUUCCUCUUCUGUGUCGCAUUGUUCUUCUGUCUUCAGAUUAUCACCAACGUCUCAUUUGUCCUUGGCCCUGUCGCUCAAUACCACGAGAACUCGAAAUACUAUUCAGCAGUCCCUCCAGCACCCAACAAGGAGGUGGACUCCAACUUGCCGCAAAUUACCAUCGAGAUGCCUGUCUACAAGGAGAGCCUAAAGGAGACCAUUGCUCCGUCGGUAUACUCGCUCAAGAAAGCAAUGCAGACGUACGCUCGCCAGGGCGGUACCUCCUCCAUCUUCGUUCACGACGAUGGUCUUCAGCUCGUCUCUGAGGCGGAUCGCGCCGAGCGCAUCGCAUUCUAUGCGGACAACAACAUUGGCUGGGUCGCACGCCCUCCCCACGAUAACGCACCUGAUGGGUUCAAACGCGCGGGCCGUUUCAAGAAGGCAUCGAAUAUGAACUAUGGGCUUGCGCUGUCCCUUAAACUCGAGAAGCAUCUCUUGGCGCUCGAAGCGGAGGCGGCUUUACAUGGCGGGGAGGAUGCGAUCUCACAAGACGGCGAAUGUCUCGAGGACAAGGCGAUGAACCUGGCGAUUGAACAGAUAUUCGAGGAGAGUGGGCGGCGCUGGCGGCCAUGGGCGAGCAAUGGCAAGUCACUGCGCGCCGGUGAGAUUAUCCUGAUUGUUGACUCGGAUACCAUCGUACCCGAGGAUUGUCUGCGUGAUGCGGCGCGGGAGCUGUACGAGUGCCCGGAGGUGGCGAUCAUCCAGCACGAGUCGGAUGUGAUGCAGGUGGCGCACCACUACUUCGAGAACGGAAUCGCGCAUUUUACUAGGAGGAUCAACAAGUGCAUCUCGAUGGGCUGCGCCAACGGCGAGGUAGCGCCGUUUGUGGGGCAUAAUGCGUUCCUGCGCUGGUCGGCGCUGCAGGACGCUGCUUUCGUCGACCCGGCAGACGGCAUCAAGAAGAUCUGGUCCGAGUCGAAUGUGUCGGAGGACUUUGAUAUGGCAUUGCGGCUGCAGCUCAAGGGAUAUAACAUCCGAUGGGCGUCCUACUCCGAGGGCGGCUUCAAGGAGGGCGUGUCUCUGACAUGCGAUGAUGAGCUGAACCGUUGGCAGAAGUAUGCAUAUGGUUGUAACGAGCUCAUAUUCAAUCCGCUCGUUGACUGGUGGAAAAUGGGCCCUAUCACGAAGCAGCUACGUGUCUUCAUCUGGUCUGAUGCGCCGGUUCAUUACAAGUUCACGAUGCUUUCCUACAUGUUCUCUUACUAUGGUAUCUCUGCCGCGUUCGUGCUCUCCUUGUCAAAUUACCUGGUGUUGGGUUGGGCGCUCACUGUCGACGGCUUCUAUGAACACAGCUUCGAGAUCUGGCUCGCAUGUACGGUCGUAUUUCCAGGCGCGGGCAACUUCGGCUACACGCUGCUGCAAUACCGUCUCGGUCAACGCAACCUCCUCGACGCGCUCGUCGAGAAUCUGACAUGGGUGCCCUUCUUCUUUUUUUUCUUCGGCGGCCUGUCCAUCCACCUCUCGCAAGCGCUACUCGCGCACCUGUUCUCGUACAAUAUCGCCUGGGGCGCGACGAAGAAGGAGGUCGAGCGGUCGAACUUCUGGCUGGAGGUGCCCAAGAUUCUUAAGCGGUUCUGGCUCGCACUCGUGCUGUGCAUACUCGCGUGCAUCUUGAUGAUCGUCAUGACACUCAACUUCGUCCCGGAAGGAUGGAGGAUCUACAAUUAUGACUGGGCAGUCAUCUUCCCACUAGCAAUCACUGCAGGGUCUCAUAUCCUCUAUCCGAUUGUACUGAACCCAUGGUUCAUGAUCUUCUCAUAUUGA